ACUGGUCCAGCCGUGAAUCACAUCCGUGACGCAAGCAGAGAGAAGGACAAGGCGCAGCAUCCUCUCCAUCCUCCAUAGCACAACAACGACUCACAAAAGAGAGGAAACCAAAUCGCGAUUUCGAGGCUUGUUGUCAGGCCCAAUCACAUAAGCAGAAUGACUAAAGAGGAAACUUCCGAUGUGGAAGAAGCUCAGCCGACCUCUGAGUUCGUCAGCCCUGUCCAUGAGCCCCGCAAGAAGCCCAUGGUGCAUCCUGCUGCCCAGGCUCCACUGCCCAAGGACUAUGCGUUCACCUUCUUUGAUCCAAAUGAUCCGGCCUGCAUGGAGAUUCUGACCGAUCCUCGAACAACAAUCCCAGAACUGUUUGCCAUUAUCCGUCAAUGGGUUCCACAAGUUCAACAUAAGAUCGACAUCAUAGGCAAUGAGAUUUUAAAGCGAGGCUGCCACGUCAAUGACCGCGAUGGCCUGACGGACAUGACUCUACUCCACUACUGCUGCAAAGCUGGGGCUCACGGAGUCGGCGACCCUGAGGCAGCGCUCCGGCUGUCCAAUCAGCUGUUAGCUCAGGGAGCCGAUGUCAGUCUGCGCAGUCGCUGGACUAACAUGAAUGCCCUCCAUUAUGCCGCUUACUUCGAUGUGCCAGAACUGAUUCGCAUUUUGCUGAAAGCCUCCAAGCCAAAAGUGCUUAACUCCACCUGCAGUGACUUUUGUCAUGGCACAGCCCUCCACAUCGCUGCCUCAAACCUCUGCCUGGGUGCUGUCAAGUGUCUGCUGGAGCACGGAGCCAACCCUGCUGUCAGAAAUGAUAAAGGUCAAGAUCCUGCUGAGGUUGUCCCAGACCCCAUGGACAUGAGUCUGGAUAAAGCUGAGGCCGCAAUGGUGGCUAAAGAGCUGAAACAGCUGCUGCUGGAUGCAGUUCCUCUCAGCUGUAAUCUCCCCCGAGCCACCCUGCCCAACUACGACAACAUCCCCGGAAACCUCAUGCUCUCCUCCCUCGGCCUCAAACUUGGGGACCGUGUGGUGCUGGACGAAACAAAGACUGGCACACUGCGUUUUUGUGGUACCACUGAGUUUGCUAGUGGCCAGUGGGUCGGUCUUGAGCUGGACGAGCCGGAGGGCAAGAAUGACGGGAGUGUGGGUGGAAUCCGCUAUUUUAUCUGCUCCGCAAAGCAAGGGAUCUUUGCUCCUGUAUCAAAAAUCACCAAAGCUGUUGAACAGACUCCUUCUUCAGUCACCUCCACACCAAAAACCCCUCGCAUGGAUCUGUCCCGCGUAACUGGCAAGAUCAAGAAGGAGAAAAAAGAGAAAGAUCGCGAAAAGACUCCAAGAAAGAAGUCCCUGUCCGGGGUCAGUUUGGAUCCUGAUGGAGUGAAGGUUGAGGUUGGAGAUCAGGUGCUGGUGGCAGGACAAAAACAAGGGAUUGUCCGCUUUUUCGGAAAGACUGACUUUGCUCCUGGAUACUGGUUUGGUGUCGAACUGGAGCAGCCCACCGGAAAGCAUGAUGGCAGUGUGUUUGGAGUACGCUACUUCCACUGUUUGCCCAAAUAUGGAGUUUUUGCACCACCAUCCCGUGUUCAGAGAAUUGGAGGGCCCAAAGAUCCCCAAGGAGACGGGACGCUAGUGAAGAAAGUCCACCAGGUGACUAUGUCUCAACCGAAGCGUAAUUUUAAUGCGGUGCGAUCUCCGAAAGACAUAACAUCUGAAAGUUCCAUAUCCAGCAGGUUGCUGUUCUGUUGCUGGUUUCCCUGGAUGCUCCGUGCGGAAAUGCAGUCCUAAAGUCACCGGUUACAUCUUUAUUUCUCUCUCUCUCUCUUUCUCUCUUUUCCUCUUUCCGUUCCACCUAUCACCCACUCUCUUUGUACUUCCAUUAUUCAUCCGUGCUUUUCUCUCUGUGAUUCACCCAGACUGCUGUCCCAUCCCUUUGACGGCAAUUCAAUAGCAAAAAAAUAGUGCCUUGUCAAGUAAAUAACGUCCUGCAUUCCAAUGAUCGAAUUAUAGAUGAACAAUCUUUUAUGAAAUCAAUAUAAGGGAAAAUCACCACCACUAUAAGCCAUUCAUAUCUCUUUAUCUGCUUUUUCCCCUUUGCUAAAUAACAUUGGCAGUAUUCAAGCUUGAUAAUAUACUCAUGAAACAUUUUAAUUUGUAAAGGUGCUUUUUUUGGUUAGGUUUUUUAAACAUGCUGCUGUAUUAUGCACCUUUAUUGUCUUACUUUUCAGUAUUUUAUUGCAGAUAAUCUUACAUUUUAAUGCCUUUAAAUGGGUUAGUGUAGUAGGUGAAAUCUUAUUAGUGAACAACAUCAACUAGUCUAAAAAUAUUGAUGCUGCCAGUGUGAAAACAUAACAGGGUUUUCAACAUUUAAGCCCAAUGCUUUCACCAUCCACAGUGAAAUGUUUAAGUGUCUAGAGUCAAAUAUAAUAUAUUGCAUGAAAUAAGCAGGCAUGGGCACGUUUUGGGGUCAAAAAACGGCUCUGAAAUGAGGCGAGAGGACUGCUUUAAAUAUUAAAUGCUAAUAUAUCACUUUUCGUUCACUUAAAAUCUUCCACAAAACCAAAGCGCAAGCUCCAUGAUGUAACGAAAGAUUAUUGCUCCAAAAUAAUGUACACCAUACAUCCAUAACCAGUGCUGGGUAGAUUACUUACGAAUUGUAGUCUGUUAUUAAUCACAAUUGUAGUCAGUAAAAUAAUAUAGGUUACUUAUUGUAGGUAAUGUAUUCUGAGUACUUUUGGAUAACUAUUCAGAACUGAAUUUGAAAGGAUUUUACAUGACCAUCCUGCAUUGUUAUUAUUAUUAAACAAAGGCUAAAAAAGUUAGGACUGCCGCCUCACAUCAAGAAGGUUGCUGGUUCGAGUCCUGGCUGGACCAUUUGGCAUUUCUCUGUGGAGUUUGCAUGUUCUCCCUGUCCACAGACAAGCGCUAUAGGUGAAUUGGAUUAACUAAAAUGUGUGAAUGUGAAAGUGUAUGCCAGUUUUCCCAGUUCUGAGUUGCAUAAAACAUAUGCCCGAGUCGGCACAAUAGCCUAGUGAUUAGCACGCUGACAUAUGGUGCGGUAGCACUUCAGGGCGUCUCGAGUUCAAAUCCCAGUUCAAGAACAUUUCCCGACCCUAUCCCCCUCUCUCUCUCCCACUUCGCUUCAUGUCUGAUUACUGUCCUAUCUAAUAAAGGCCAAAAAUAAAUCAAAUUAAAAAAUAAAAAACAUAUUCUGUUGUGGCGACCCCUAAUAAGAGACUAAGCUUAAGGAAAAUGAAUGAAUUAAAUUGUAAAUAAUUUACUGCUACUGUAGGAAUACUUUGAAAUCAUGUAAUCCAUAGAAAGUGGCUGUAAUCUGAUUUUAGAAUGUAAUAUAAUCAAUUAUGUUUUUAUUUUAAUCCUUUUUGUUGGUCUUUUGUAUGACAUUGCAAAUUAAAUAUUAAGAGGUUAACAGUAAUGUAUUGUCCAUUGUUAAUCCCAUCCCCUAACCGCUCAUUCUUUAACUCAAUUAACAAAACAACAAUAAAUAAAUACAUAAAUACCAAAUUAAGUACAUUAAAUACAUAAGAACAUGACAUCAGAGAAUAAUAAAAUAAUUAAAACAAUAAUAAUAAUUAAAUUAAUAGUAAUGAUGAAUUAUCCUCUGGGUGCUCUGGUUUCCCCCACAAGUCCAAAGAAAUGAGCUAUUGAUGAAUUGGCUAAGCUAAAUUGUCUGUAGUGUAUGUGUGUGAAUGAUGUGUGUAUUGUAUUGAUGUUUCCCAGUGAUGGGUUGCAGCUGGAAGGUCAUUCGCUACAUAAAACAUAUGCUGGAUAAAUUAGUGUUACAUUCCACUGUGGCGACCCCAGAUUAAAGGGACUAAGCCGAAAAUAAAAUUGAUGAAUUAAUAAAUAAUGAAUUUGAAAAAGCCUUCUAAUAAAAUGGUAAAUGUUACAGGUUUCAAGCACCAGGUGUAAUAGACAAGCCUUAGAUGUAGUCAAGAAAGGAAUCCCAAGUCUUAUAAAAGGAAUCUAGUGAGCCAUAGAGUAAGUCUUUUACUGUAAAAAAUGUCCUGUACCCACUUGUCAUGUGUAGGGUAGAAGUGUGUUUCCACUUUAGAAGAAUGGCACGUCUGGCUAAAAUUGAGGUAAAGGCAACAACCUUGCUGUCACAGACUGUCAAAUCAGGUCCAAGGGAUACUCCAAAGAGGGCUAGCAAAGAAUCAGGUUCUAUAUUGAUUUUGAGGUCAAUUACGUUUUUAAAAUUUUGAUUACACAAUCCAGAUUACAUGUAAUCAGUUACUACCCAGCACUGUCUGUUAGUAACACUUUCAAGGAGGAAUGUACAUUAUUGAGCUUUUAUUUUAAAAUAAAUAAAUAAAACGAGGUGAAAAUGUAAGCAUUUAUAAACCCAAAUAACAUUACAAAUUUGAUCACAAUCAUAUUUAUCUCACCAAAAAAAUGAAAUGAAAUGCAUAUAUCAUCUAGUAUACUUUGGUGAUGUACAAUUUAUAUUUUAACAUGAACAAAGAUCAUCCUAUUGUCUACAGUUUUACUGUUAGGCCAAACUACCUAUCUUUCCCAACUCUCCCUCCAUCAGUUAUGACUUGGAUUUGUUUUUGUAAAUGCUGUUCUUUAAAAUCCUGAUUGUGAAAACAGUAUGUGCUUCAGAUAUCAUAAUCAAACGUGUGGGUAAAAGCAAUAUUUACUCAGUGUCAGCGUGCUAUAUGAAUUAUGAAUAGAAACUCUUUAAUACCACCAUACAAAAGCACAGCAUGAGUAAACGUGUCUGUCUUUAAUAUAUGACCUGGGAUCAGAUAACAGUAGAUCAAUCGCUACAGUAAUCCCAGAGCGGACAGAUUUAACGGAGAGUAUUUGCAAAAAUAAUAAAACAUCAGCUUGAAUUGUGAACUCUCCUAUUGUCAACACUUGGUCAACUGCACUGAUUUACAAAAAAAAAAAUGCUCAAGCAGGGUUUUUCUUUUUUCAGCCACCAUGCCAUUAUUUCACUGAGAAGUUCUUGAAUUUGUGUUGUAGAAUUAGCAAUGACAUUAGAGUAGUGAGUAGAAUUGUGCAUCUUCUUAUGAUGGAGUGUGCUCACAAGUUCGGCUCACAACAAAACCUGAAAUUGUGCAUUAUCAUUUUGUGACUUAGUACAGUGUAUUGCUUUAUGGUGACUUAAAGUUGUACGAUGCAUCAAUAUAUCACUGUUAUUAAUUUCAGGACAAAGUCACAUUCCGUUUUUUGAUGCCAAAAUGCAAAGUUAAAUGGACUAUUUCCUAUGUAAGUAAAUGGCACCGACAGGCUCACCCUUCACGCUUUCAAGCUAGUCGUUUGAGAGUUUCAUUGUUUCAUCGUCAGCAAGCGCUUUCCGUCAUUUUCUAUCCAGUUGUGUAAUUGGUAUAGUUCAUUUGUAAACAUUUAUUCGUCUGAGAAAGUAUAUAUAUAUAUAUUUUAAUAAUUUCACAAGGUACUUUUUUAACGUCCUGUGCUUUGUGUUUUCAUGUUAACUAUAGUCUGUAAAUGCAGAUUAAUGUGGAUCUUAUUCAUGAAUUCAGUUCGAUGGACAACAUAACUGUACUGCAUGCUGUGUAUACAUUUGCAGGUUUCUUUUUCCUACAGUAUAUAUCAGCAUGAAAAGCUUAUUAAUUACUUCAAGUGGAACUCUGUCCUGACUAUGGAUAUAUGACUAAUAAACAUUAGUGUUUUGUA